CUUACUCUUCUAGUCUCUUGUUCUGCUUUGUUUUUCUUCCUCUGUUCCUGCCGUCUCCCUGCCCUUCUAGCCACCACUCACUUGUAUUACAGACAAUUACAGGCAGUUCACUUCUCAUGAUGUUCCAGCCUCCAGCCUCUUCCCAGACUUCCCCCUCGUGUCGUUAUCUCCCAAACCACAGAUGCUAGGUACUGGAUUACUUUUGUAACUACCAGUGUGGAAACUACCAGAUCUACAAUGUGGCUGGCUGUGGCAGUGAUAUGUUUAAUCCAACAGGCUAUGCACUCAGAAGUAUUUGGAAGACAUUUGAAUCCACAAACAUUAAUGUCAACCCCUGAAAUCAUCCAGUCCUGGGGAUAUCCCAAUGAACAAUAUGAAGUCCUGACUGAUGAUGGCUAUUUCUUGCAAUUAUACAGAAUUCCUUUUGGAAUACACAGUCAUUGGAAGAAAGGAAAUAACCCAGCUGUGCUAUUGGUAUCUGGUUUGAUUACUGAUAAUAGGUGCUGGAUUUUAAAUCUUCCUAACAAUAGCUUAGGAUUUGCUCUAGCAGAUGCCGGCUAUGAUGUUUGGAUGCUAAAUGUCAGAGGGUCCGCCUGGUCUAGAAGACACCAGAACCUGUCAAUUGAGCAAGAAGAAUUUUGGAAUUUUAGUUUUCAUGAAAUGGGGAUUUAUGAUAUUCCAGCUACAAUGAAAUUUAUCUUGAAGGAAACUAAACAGGACACAUUAUAUUAUAUUGGCCAUUCCCAGGGUGCCACAUUGGGUCUGAUUGCCUUCUCAAUCAUGCCACAGCUUGCUCAAAAAGUCAAUCUCUUUAUGCUCUUUGCACCUUCCUACACAAUGGUGGGCACUGGAGGUCCUCUUCUAUUUUUUAAAUUACUUCCUGAUGGAUUAAAAAAGUUCAUAUGGGGCAAUAAAGAAUUCUGUAUUCUUCCUAGCAAGCUGAAAGCUGUGAAUGCUAAGCUCUGCAGCUUUGUAAUAAUAGAUAAGAUCUGUGUUCAAAUAUUUUCCAUAAUUUUUGGAGAUAAUAAGAAGAAUGUAAAUGUGAGUCGAUUUGAUGUCUACGCUGGAACAUUUCCGGAUUUUACUUCAGUAAAAACAGUGAUUCAUUGGGGACAGGUGGCCAAAACAGAAGAAUUUAAAUAUUUUGACUAUGGCCAUAAGAACAAAGCUGUAUAUAAUUUGACGACUCCUCCUGUUUACAAAUUAGAAGAUAUGACUGUGCCAACAGCUGUGUGGAGUGCUGGAAAAGACAUUAUAACAGAUAAAAGAGAUAUUGAUCGGCUGCUCCCUCGAAUUACUCACUUAAUUUUCCAUAAGCACCUUCCUGAUUGGCAACAUACAGACUUUCUUACAGGCCUUGAUGCUCCAAAGUACCUAUAUCCAGAUCUGCUUGGGUUGAUGGAGCAUUACAAAUAAAGUCUUGCUUAAUAUGAGGAAUAAAGAGGUAAAGGUAGUCCCCUGUGCAAGCACCAAGGCCGUUUCCAUACUACUCACCUUCAAUCGGAAUGCCACGGAA